AUGUACAAGAGUUCCAAAUCAGACAUGGGUCGUCGAGCAUGGAACAUACUAAGAUUAGCUUUGUUAUGGACAAGAAAAGGUGGAGUCUUUGCUUUAAAGAAAAGGCUGAUGCAACUGCAGCUGCAGUUAUCCCAUUCCAACAAAGGCGUAGGAUCACUACAAGAUGGUGACCGUCAACUCUCUUUCGAUGCCACCCCUAUCAUCCAUGUCAGGAUGCAUCGACCCAACUCCAUGCGUUUCCAUUUGCCUCACAUUCCUUGCAUCAACCCACAAGCUGCUGAUGCUUUUGAUGCCUAUGACUUCGACGAUCAAAGUGACAUCGACUAUUCUUAUCAUCAGCCAAGACGGAGUUUCUUGAUAACAAAUGGAGAAGAACAUGAACAAAAUGAUGAAGAAAUGUGCGAGGAAGAAGGGAUUGAUGUUAAGGCUGAAGAGUUCAUAGCUAAUUUUUAUCACCAACUUAAGCUUCAAAGGCAAAUCUCCUACCUUCAAUACAAUCACGACUGA